AGAAGAGGCUAUAUUCGCCAUGUGAAUCAUGGGGGCUUGGUAUCCAGGGGUGUCCCCUUACACACCAUAUAAGGGCCCCUGGGGCUUGAGUGUUAUCGCUUUCUGCAGAAGGGAUCUAUUCUUAGGCUGUCUGUCCAGGCAAUCCGAGCAGAGGCUCCUCGGUGCCUGCCCGUACCUGGGUGUUUGGUCAUCCCGACAACAGGGAGAAGAAAAUUUAAGGAAAAAGAGGACUUUACUGACCCAAGAAGAAGCUUUUCACUCUCUUCAAAAUGAGCAAUUACACAGUAACCCUGUCUGGACCUGCACCAUGGGGCUUCAGGCUGCAGGGAGGCAAAGACUUCAACAUGCCCCUGACCAUCUCCCGGAUCACAGCAGGCAGCAAGGCAGCAAGUGGAAACCUCAAUCAGGGUGACAUAAUCACAGCGAUCGAUGGGGUCAGCACUGAGGGCCUGACCCAUCUGGAGGCCCAAAACAAGAUAAAGGCAGCCACCACCAAACUCAACCUCACCAUGCAGAGGUCGAGACGUCCCGCUCCUGUACCCACAGCCACUCCAAGAAUGGACUCACCCAUGCCAAUUAUCCCUCACCAGAAGGAAACCACUGACACUGAGGAAGGAGAAGAUGAAGAGAAACCUGUCAAAAAAUAUGGCAUCCUCCUGGCCAAAAAACCUUCCAAAAAAUCUCUAAUUCCAAACACUGAGGAGAAACCUCAGGAGAACCUCCAACCUGCAAUUCAUUCUCGUGCUAAAAGCCCUGUCCCUAUUUAUCUGCCAUCCGGGCAAGGGCCAAAAACCACCCCAAACCAGACAGGACAGUAUAAUUCUCCCAUAGGCCUAUAUUCAGCAGAAACUUUAAGGGAAAUGGUCAUGCAACAAGACAAUCUAAAUGGCGUCCCACUGCUGGGCUCACUUCCCAUUAAAGACACUCUUGUGGACAGUGCUUCUCCAGUCUACCAGGCUGUGAUCAAACCUGACAAUAAGGAGAUGGAGAUGUCAGAGUGGGCCCGUCGUGCCGCCAACCUGCAGUCCAAGUCCUUCCGCAUGCUUGCUCAUAUCACAGGAACGGAGUAUAUGCAAGAUCCAGACGAAGAGGCUCUUAGAAAAUCAAGAGAGAAGUUUGAAUCAGAGGUAAAAGGCCCACGAUUUGCCAAACUGAAAAACUGGCACCACGGCCUGUCUGCACAGAUCCUUAACAUCCAGGGAUAAAUGCAAACCAAUGUUACUGGAGAGAAGUUGAGGCAACAGUCAAGAAGGAAACCCAGAGGCGAUGUAAAGUAGGGGUGUAAAAGGCAAAGAGAAGUAGUGUAGUGACUGGAAUGUGAGUUAGAGCUCCAAACUAGCUUGUAAGUGAACACACAAAGCUCCUGUGUUUGAUGUUCAUAUGUCUUUUUGUUUCAUGUAACUUUCAGCCACUGAAACAUAGUGCAUAGUGCUCAGUUUGUCAUUUUCUUUUUCAUUUUAUGUUUCUCUUUUUCUUCUCUUUUGGCUGCUCUAUUUAUCCUAAAUUAUUUCUGAAUAAUAAAGUGCCUGCAUGAUUUACUGAUGUAAAGAACUAACCCUGAGAGAAAUGAUAAAAAUAUAUGUACCGCAUCCACUGCAAUACACCACCGCACAUAUUGAAAUACAAACCAAAUGUACUAUUGUUAAUGUGAAUAAAACAUUAUUACUUUUAACCAAAUAAAUAAAA